AGCGCGCGGGACGUGAGAUGCGUGUGUGAGCGAGCGUGCGGUCUGCAACUCUGCAAGGUGACAGUGUACCGUAGGUGUGAAGUUUGAAAAUACGCAAGCUUACUUUGGCGGAAGUGAUGUGUCGACGUCAAGUUGCGGUAUCUUGAAAACGUAAGCAUCGUGUGAAAGUGGUAUUGACUCGAGAGUACGUGCAUUCAGCGGUGUGCAUCGCUGCUAGCGCAGGAGACGGUCCGCGAUGGAGGAACAGGUAGCAAAGGCUCUGAUUGAAACAGUUAACUUUGCUGCUGUAAAGCACAGGAAACAGCGCAGGAAAGACGAAGACGCAACACCUUACAUCAACCAUCCCAUCGGUGUUGCCAGAAUCCUUACUCACGAAGCGAACAUCUAUGAUAUCCCAACGUUGCAGGCUGCAAUCUUGCAUGACACGGUUGAAGACACAGAUACUACGUUCGAGGAGAUUGAGCGAAACUUUGGCAGCAAAGUGCGCUCCAUUGUAGAAGAAGUGACAGAUGACAAGAGCCUGCCAAAGCAAGUCCGGAAGCAGCUGCAGAUCGAGCAUGCAUCAAGUUGCAGCCGAGAGGCAAAACUUGUGAAGCUUGCCGACAAACUGUACAACCUGCGGGACCUCCAGCGGUGCACACCAAUAGGCUGGAGCCGCAGCCGAGUGCAAGAGUAUUUCGAGUGGGCAGAGAAAGUAGUGCACGGACUCCGUGGAACCAACAAACCAAUGGAGGAUGCUUUGGAUGAAGUGCUGAAGAAAUCUAACAAGACACGCUACCAUGAUUUCUCAGGUACAGCUACUAGUAUAGCAAAUUGGGUCAAGCUUCACUGCCAUACCAGGGUUUGUGCAUGAUUGCUUAACUGGUUGCGUUAUCCAGGUGGGGGAGGCUAAACUGCACCACGCACGGUGCAGUUGCUCACCUUUUUUCUGGUGCCUCCAGCUGCUUCCAAUUUUCUGUCUUCCCCACUGCUUGGGGAUGCAGCUAGGUGCACAUCAUUUUUAGUUUCUUUUAUAGCGACAGCUUUUGCAUUUGUCAUACAUGCUACCAUUAGGCAAAGCCCGUUUGUUUGAGUUUAAAUAGGCUUGGGUCCAUUUGAAAGCUUUAAAUAUGGUUAUAGCAUUAUAUUAGCAAUGUAUGGGUUAGCUUCUACUUGUGUUAAACUUAUUUAGCAGUUUUUAUGUUUCUAGUGGUGUUGACCUAUCCCUAACUAAUGUCGUAGUCCAUAAUUCACUGUUGCGUUGACUGUCAUUUUAAGUAGCAGUACUGAAGCUCCCCGAUGGUUUCACACGCCAAAUGAAAGGGUGUGUCCAGCUUCUAAUUGGUUACUUUUGUUACUUGAGAUCUGUGCGAGGAAGAUAGAUGUCAGGAGACGCAAGUGAGUCGAGCAUCCUCACUGCCUUGAGGCAGUUAAUUAAGGUGACAAAAGUUCGAACUUGUGGAGUCAACAUUUAAUGAACUGUAAAACUGCUUUAUACAAUUCUCUUAAUCAUUCUGGGCAACAAGUAGCAUAAAUUUAAUUUGUCUCGUAUUUAGCCGUAAAUUCCACACUGAGGUGGUCCACCUAAGAAUGUGAAAUGUGUGCUUCAUAGGACUCCUAGCAAUAUGUUCUAAAAAGUUUAAUCGGAGUAAUUUUUGUUUUAGGUGAGAAAUAUUUUUUAAGAGGGCUUGAUCCCUACUCCAUAAUGUGCCAUUGACUAGCAGUGCACCUUCACUGCAAUACAUGUCUUGAUGUAGUGGAAAACUUUUUGUGCUGAUGGCAUUUUUUUCAAUAGAGCGUUGCAAGAGUUCUUGAGACUGCCAUGCCUCAAGGCAUGGCAUUUGGCAUGGAAUGACCCAAAUAUGAAUUUCAGUUAAAGGGCACCAUGCAUACCUUGGCUAACUUUUAAAUGUCACAUUAGACCCUUUGCAAGUUUUAGACCUUGCUUUCCCACUGUGUAAAUGCCCAAAAGAUGAUUGCCAAGGAAUAGAAGAAAUGAUGAUUACUCUGCAACGGGUCCUUUGUGUGUUCUUUCACACGAUAUAUAACAUGAAAGCCAAGACAACACAUGAGGUGCAGAGUAACAUUGUUUCAACCAUGUGUUGGCAAUCAUAUCUAAAAAAAAAGUGCAAUGCAGGAAAGCCAGCCUGACACUUUCCACAAGGGUCUAUUCUUGCAUUAGGCAGCAAACAAGCAUGGAUGAUUUUUCUUUUACUACAGCUGUUUGCGGUCUGAGGCUCCGAGUCAUGGUAUGGUCAUGAAGGCUGGCCCCUUGCUUCCAAACUCUUCCAAUGAUGAUUAGGCCAACACACAGUUGUUACUGAUUGGUUUCAUUCUAUGGGUGGCUGCAUUACGAGUAGAUGCGGCAUGGUGGCUGAAAUUUAGGCAGCAAAGGGAGGCAUUACUGAAGUUAGCAUACGAGCCAUUUAAAUAAACAGACAUUCAACAUGCUGCGGUUAGUGGUAUACAGGUGCGUCACAGAAAAAAAGUUCUUCACACUGUCUACAGUUUGAAAAGCAGAAGCCUCAAAAUGGAGUAAGUCAUUAUGGAGGAAAAUUUAUUCACUUAUU